AUGGACUGGAGCAACUGCACUACCGUGGGUUUAGUGUUCAUCCUGACUUUUUUGUUCAUUAUGAAAAUUGGAGGUGUCUGGAGUAACCACCGGAGAAAGAAUUUCCCCCCAGGACCAAGGGCAUUACCCAUCAUUGGAAAUCUUCAUUUGUUUGAUUUGAAGAGACCCUACAGGACUUAUCUACAGCUAUCAAAAGAAUAUGGUCCUGUCUUCAGUGUUCAGAUGGGGCAAAGGAAAAUAGUAGUGAUCUCUGGGUAUGAGACAGUGAAGGAAGCUCUCGUAAACCAGGCAGAUGCAUUUGCAGAGAGACCUAAAAUCCCAGUCUUUGAAGAUCUGACCAGAGGAAAUGGAGUUGUUUUUGCUCAUGGUGAAAACUGGAAAGUGAUGAGAAGAUUUACUCUCACAACCUUACGAGACUUCGGGAUGGGAAAAAGAGCCAUUGAGGACCGCAUUGUGGAGGAGUAUGGGUAUUUGACAGACAGCAUUGGGUCACAAGAAGGAAAACCCUUUGAUGCUAGUAAAAUAAUUAAUGCAGCAGUUGCUAACAUAAUUGUGUCAAUACUACUUGGAAAACGAUUUGACUACAAAGAUGCCAGAUUUAUAAGGCUUCGACAUUUGAUCAAUGAAAGCGUGAGGCUUGCAGGGAAACCUUUGGUUACGAUGUAUAACCUCUUCCCAUACCUUGGAUUCCUCUUGAGGGCCAACAAGACUCUUCUCAAAAACAGAGAUGAAUUCCAUGCUUAUAUAAAAGAUACUUUUCUAGAAAAUCUCAAAACUCUGGACAAAAACCAUCAAAGAAGUUUCAUUGACGCUUUCCUUGUUAAACAGCAGGAGGAGAAAUCCACUACCAAUGGAUAUUUCCAUAAUGGCAACCUGCUAAGCUUGGUGAGCAACUUGUUCACUGCUGGUGUUGAGACGAUUUCCACCACACUAAAUUGGAGCUUUCUGCUGAUGCUCAAGUACCCUGAAAUUCAGAGAAAGGUCCAAGAAGAGAUAGAUCAAGUGAUCGGGUCAAACCCUCCACGAAUGGAGCACCGAACUCAAAUGCCAUAUACAGAUGCUGUUAUCCACGAAAUUCAGCGGUUUGCUAAUAUCCUGCCAUUGGAUUUGCCUCAUGAGACUGCUGAAGAUGUCACUCUCAAAGACUAUUUCAUUCCCAAGGGAACCUACAUCAUCCCCUUGCUGACCUCAGUCCUGCAAGACAAAUCCCAGUGGGAGAAACCAGACAUGUUCUAUCCCGAACACUUUCUCGAUUCCAAGGGAAAGUUUGUGAAGAAAGAUGCUUUCAUGCCAUUUUCAGCAGGGCGGAGGAUCUGUGCCGGUGAGACUCUUGCCAAAAUGGAGCUCUUCCUCUUCUUCACCAGCCUCCUGCAGAGGUUCACCUUCCAGCCUCCUCCCGGAGUUUCCCCCUCAGACCUGGACCUCAGCCCUGCUAUUUCAUUUAAUAUUGUCCCCAAACCCUAUGAAAUCUGUGCUGUAGCACGUUCUUAGGGCUCAAAUCAGCAUAAAUUGGGCUUGAAAACAUUAUGACUUCUUCAUGAUUUCCUUUGGCCAAAAACAUUUGCAACACUGCAUUGUAAUGAAGGUCUUCAGUACAUCUAGUAUUUUUUAUUUACUGUGAAAGGGUGCUUCCUGUGAACCAGAACUGUGGAGUGACUGGCGACCCCUAGAUCAACCAAUUGAUUGCAUAUUCUGGGCUAAAUAAUAGAGAAACUUUAUUUCUUCUGCCUCUGAAUUGUAAAUGUUAAGUGGCAUGUAUGAAAAUACAGGGUGGGUUCCAGAGAAGGCAAAGUUUGAAAAAGGAAAUAGAAUAGAACAGGUAUUAAAGGUCAGUGAGAGCAGCUUUAGAAAAUGAAAGAUACUAUCUUGUUUCCUUAAAGUAUUUCAAGCCAAUUCAGUGUUUGCCUUUCUACCACAUAUUUGCCUUUAAAGAAAACACACCUCUGUAAUAUGAGAAAUCCAAUGUAACAAGAAAUCAUAGAAUCACCAAGGUUGGAAAAGACCUCCAAGAUCAUCCAGUCCGACUGUCCACAUACCACCACUAUUCCUCCAAUAAACCUUGUCUGUUACAACAGUACAACAUCUACACGUUCCUCAAACACCUCCAGGUACAAAGUCCCUCCACAGCUUUCCUGUAGACCUCCUUCAGGUACUGGAAGGCC